AUGAUAUUUGUUUCAUUUCAUUUCUCGAAAGUUGCAUUUCUGCUUUAUUUCGUCCUGAAUCAAUACACUGUCCGAGCACAAUGGCUGCAAUCCUGGCAAGCGCAUAACUUAUUUGGCACCACUAACAAACAGGAAGUUCAGUGGUCAAGGAGUUCCCUGGAAAGAUUUUGCCAUAUGAAUAAUCGACAAAGAUUUCGAAACUUUCUUGAACCAAUUCUUGUACCACGAAUUGUUGAUACACAGUCUCAUGACGAAGUUGCUGCGCACUUGUCAAGGACAUUGUCGGCUUUAGGUUUUACAAUUGAAUGGGAUUUGUUCGAAGAAGUUACUCCUCAUGGAAAGAAAUUAUUCAAGACAUUAAUCGCCACGUAUGAUCCGAAUGUCCCUAGACGACUUGUACUUGCUUGCCAUUAUGAUUCAAAAUUCUUGAAAGGAGAAAUUUUCAUUGGUGCAACUGACUCUGCGGUACCUUGUGCAAUGCUACUCGAAAUGGCACAUACACUUGGUCCACUCUUACAUAAUCGCAGAAGAAAAGAUGUGACUCUUCAGUUGAUCUUUUUUGAUGGAGAAGAAGCAUUUGACGAAUGGUCAGAAAAAGAUUCAUUAUAUGGUUCUCGUCACUUAGCUUUAAAAUGGAACCGGGAAUAUUUCUUGAACACUUUUCAAUCGUCUUUCAAAAUUAAGAAGGAAAUAGAUCGAAUUGAUUUAUUUGUACUACUCGAUCUCCUCGGUGCACCAAAUCCGCUUUUGUAUUACUUUGAUGGUUUCUCAUCAAAAAGUGCAUUUUUGGAGAUGGUGAAGAUUGAAAUGGAGCUAAUGAAAAUUGGUUGUUUGCAUCAGUUGCAACGAAUAUUUCAACCUCAAACAGUUUAUAGUAGAGUAGAAGAUGAUCACAUACCAUUCCUGAAUCUCAGUGUACCUGUUUUGCAUCUUAUACCUCUACCAUUCCCGGAUGUAUGGCAUAAAGCAUCCGAUAAUGCCAGUGUUUUACAUUAUGAAACAAUUGAUAAUUUAAUUUCCAUCUUGAGAGUGUUUGUUUCGAAUUACCUUGGUUUGGUUGCAUAG